AAAACAAGAAAAAGUAACGAUAAUAUUAUCAAUAUGUAGAAUUUUAUAGUAAAUAAAAACUUAUUUAAAGUAUAGUUCUAUAUAGGAAAAGAUUUGUUCCACAAUUAUAUUUUUCUUUCCUUACAAUUCAUUUAUGAUUUUAAACGGAUUACAGAAAUAUAGAUUUUUCCCAAUCGGUCCGCCCCUGUUAAUUAGCUUGGUAAGAAGCAUGUUGACAGUGGUGGUGGGGACAGUUGUUGACCCUGGGUCUCGUCACUCUAUCAUGGAUACUAUCGUCAGUUGAUGUCCUGAUCUUCGGCAAGACAGCCAUAAAACAAAAGGAGCUGCCGAGACCGGAGUGAGUUCUCGUUGUCGAAGUGUGCUGUGGACAUCUCCUGGUACACAAAGUUGAAUAAUUUGUCGAGGAUGUCAAUAUCUAAUUUCUUGUUGUCUCUCAAGUUUCUGGCAUUGCUAACUGUCAGCAUCAAUGCGCAAUACGAAAACUCGCGGGGAGACUGCACGGUCGACAGUCAGUUGGGCACAUGUAUACUCGCGCGUGACUGCAGAUUCGUGGCCAACAUUCUGGAGAAGUCGCGGGACCAGGCGAUCGUCUAUCUGAGGCGCAAUCAUUGUGGUUUCGAAGGCCCGAAUCCGAAGGUGUGCUGCAUCAACAGCGCGAACGUCGACACCCGUCCGGACGACCAUGUCACGAACUUCGGGACCACGCAGAGCUGGAACUCGGAACAAACCAUCCCGCAGCUCGACUAUACUCAGACAGAUGUGGCAAACAACCCGUUAUUGCCGACCAACUGCGGCCGCGAACUGUCGCAGAGGAUCAUUGGCGGCGAGCGCACUGAGCUCGACGAGUUCGCCUGGAUGGCACUGUUGGAGUAUCAGAAACCCAACGGCAGAUCGACGGCGUGCGGCGGCGUCUUGAUCAGUAAACGUUACGUCCUCACUGCCGCUCACUGUAUCAAAGGCAAGGAUCUGCCAACCAACUGGCGUCUGACCAGCGUCCGCCUGGGCGAAUACGACACCGAUACCGAUCCGGAUUGCGUGCAAGACAGCGAGACUACCCAAGUAUGCGCUGACGAUCCAGUAACCGUAGGUGUCGAGGAGCAAAUCGCUCAUGAGGAGUACCGACCAUUGUCGCGGGAUCAACGUUACGAUAUCGCGCUGCUGCGUCUUAGCUAUGACGUGAUGUUCACCAAAUACAUCAAGCCUAUUUGUUUGCCGACCAAUACAUUGCUAAACCAAAAGCUCUUCGUAGCUGGCUGGGGCAAGACGGAAAGUCGCUCGUCUUCAAAUAUUAAAUUGAAGUUGAAAUUGCCCUUGGCGGAUAAAGAUCAGUGUGAUGAGGUCUAUGGUAACGCCGGUGUCCGUCUGGGCUACGGACAGAUCUGCGCGGGUGGACAGAGAGGCAAAGACUCAUGUCGGGGUGACUCGGGUGGUCCCUUGAUGGCUGUUGAAAGGCUUUAUAAUGGUACCAGCAAAUGGACCACCGUGGGCGUUGUAUCAUUUGGACCAUCACCCUGCGGUAUGCAGGGAUGGCCUGGCGUGUACACGAAAGUAUCAGACUUUGUUCCCUGGAUUCUUAGCAAAAUGCGGCCGUAAACAUCAAGAAAGUCAUUUUGACCGUGACGAAGAAUAAAUAAAGUUAAAAUAUGUUACAUAAAUCGAUUUUACGUAUUUUCGUAGUUUAUGACUUGCAAUCUCAAGAAUUAAUUAGUCCUGUAAAGAUUUAUUUAUACGUUAUUUUAAAAUAAAAUGUUAUGUAUAUUAAUAAUUUUAUAAAAAUUUCUUUUAAAAUGUUAAUGAAUAGAAUGCUGCAAAAACAUAUACACAAAAAUAUCAAAUUGUGAUAAAUAAGUUAUAUUAAUAAGAAAAAGAUGAUAUUAAUGUUACACAAUAAUCAUAUUAUUCUUUGUUUUCCUAUAUACAAAAUCUCGUGAAUUUACUCAAUAAGACUAAAAAAAA